UGGUCUGUAGUCUGUGGGGUCUGUGGCCGAGCAUUCAUUCGCAGUCUUUCCAAGGCCUACUUUCGAACAAGUAAGCACGGUAUUUCAUCCGAAACUACAUUGAUCGUAUUGGUAAUUCUCUUCUGAUCAACUAAUAGUCAUCCGAAAGUUUUGUGUAUCGUGUGUUGCUGUGUAUCAUUUACACGCCGUUCGGUUUUCGUUCGUAACGGACAUUCGUUAAACGUUAUCUCGUAACACGUGUCUAACCUGUACGCGUGGUUACUUUAUUGGAAAUAGUUCAAUUUUCUACGAGUGUACGUUGAAAAAGACCAGCGAAAAUGCAGUUGCAAAUCAGAGGAGAACGCACAUCGGUGAUCGAGACUACUGAAAAUGAGACUGUUGCAGAUCUCAAGAUGAAGAUUGCCGCCGCGAACGGCUCCUCGAACACAGAGUUCAACUUAUAUUGCUCUAGUUACUUAUUAUCGGAUGAAACGCUGAUCGGCGAUCUAACGUCGAACGUUUUGGAAUUGACUGUUUCCCUCCCUGGUGGUAAGGUCCACGGUUCUCUGGCUCGUGCUGGAAAAGUGAAGGCUCAGACACCGAAGGUGGAGAAGCAGGAGAAGAGCAAGAAGAAGACUGGAAGAGCCAAGAGGAGGAUCCAGUACAACAGGAGGUUCGUGAACGUCGUCCAGACAUUCGGCCGCCGACGUGGACCAAAUUCUAACUCUUAAAUAAAUCUGUCUAUGCAUUUGCAAUUUUAUUGUCAACAGAAUGAUAAGCAAAUAAAAAGAAAAUACAAACGAA